UGUAAGAGAUAUGAUUGGACUUCGUUGUAAACAUGUGCAUUUUUUUUUGUAGGUUGUCUAUGAUCUUUUCUAGCAGUCAUGAAUGUAUUUAAUUCGUAAACUCUAAGUCCAUGGCCUUUAUAGUUAAAACGGUGAAGACCGUUCGAAAUAAUUGGAAGAAAUCUGUAGUUGCUGCUGUUGCUGUGUAUUAUGUUGGAAGAUUUGCAGUUCGAAAAUAUAAUGAAGAUUUACUGAGAAGAGAAUUUUGUAAUGAAGCAAAGAAAUAUGGGAAAGUGAAAAUAGGUGUGACAGAUAAACCAAGAAGAAUUAUAGUGUUUUUGAACCCAGCUUCUGCAUCAGGAGGAGCUGUGAAAUCUUUCAAUAAGAAUGCUGCACCAAUAUUACAUUUAGCGGGAAUAGAAGUGAAUGUUGUCAAGACAGAAUUUGAGGGACAGGUGAAGAAGUUUCUAACAGCUUUAGAGAAACAUGAAACUAAUGCAGUAGUGGUUGCCGGGGGAGAUGGAACAUUACUAGAGGCAGUGACUGGUUUUAUGAGGAAGGAUGAUAUGUCUUUUCGGCAAAGUGUACCAAUAGGAGUUAUACCUCUUGGAUCAAUGAACAGAUUUGCCAGACUAUUAUUUGGAACAGACAAGGAUGAAGUGAGGAUGCUAUUAGAAUCAGCCAUGGCAAUAGUGAAAGGAGAAACAAAGAAAAUAGAUGUCCUUGGCAUUCAGGGAGAAGAUGGUAGAACAUCAUUUUCUUUAUCUGGAUUACAGACAGGUGUUUAUAGAGAUGCUGAGGCUAGGAAAUCUAAGUAUUGGUACUUUGGCCCAUUGAAACAUCGCUGGACCCAUGUAAGAACUGCAAUGAAGGAAUGGCCACCUGUAUUUAAAGCAAAGAUCAGUUAUGUUUUAGCAACAGAAGAAAAUACAAAGCCUGUUUUUACAUCACAAAUCCAGAAACAAUCUCCUGCCCCACAAUCCAAAAGUUGGUUUAGUUUUCUAUAUAAGAUAAAGCCAGCACAACAAGAUCCAAAAUACAAUGAAGAAGAAAUGGAUGACAGUUUGGAUGAAGAAAUAACAGAAGAACUAGAUACAAUAGAAUUCUGUGUCAAUUCAUCAAACUUGAAUGACCCCUCAAAGAAUUUGAAGGGGUUUGAGUGUAAAAUAGGACCAUCAGAACCCAACAAAACUGAAGUCGUCAAAGAAGGUUGGAGAAGAAUAAAUGAUAAAAGUUUGCAGUUAGGAUCACCUACAGAUAAAUCACUCAUUGUUAAAAAGAUAAAAUUGAUUCCUGAAAUCAUAGAUCAGGAAGAACCAUCUUGGUUUGAUAUUGAUGGAGAAAAUUAUGAAGCCAUGCCUAUAGAAAUAAAACUGCUUAAAAACAGACUAAAUGUAUUUUAUAAUGGAAGUAUUUCACCUAGCUGAUAUUGUCAUGUGAUAGUUAAUGAAUAAAUUUUUGAAUAUA